CCGCUGCUGCCAAUCGGGGCCUCGAGCGAGACGCCGGAGCCGUUCCCGGACGGGCACCCCCGGCGCUCCGCGGUCGUGUCUGGACUGAGCGCCGCGACGCGGCUGCCGGCCCCGAAAUCCUCCAGGAUCUUCAGGCGUAUGGAACCUCAAGAUCUUUAUGAUAAUGGAAACCAAAAAGUUGAUUGGUAAACCACUUCAACCAGCAAGACCUGUUCGUCAUCUGAGUUCUCCCCCUGAUUCCAUUUUUCACGGAUUCUUUCCCUCGAAGGCUGUUUUAGCAGUAGGAGCAGGAUUCCCUUUCAACUUUCAGAAUGAAUAUCCAUGCAACACCCAGUACUUACAAAGUGGAGUUAGCAGAUGUAAGACGAACGGAAUGCAAGCCUUUUCUCAAGGUCUUAAUGAACAACAACAUCAUUCUCCAGUUAAAAAAGAGAGAAUCAAAUACAGCAGAGAUUUCCUGUUGAAGCUCUCAAGUGUUUCCAUCUGCAGAAAAAAACCAGACUUUCUGCCUGAUCAUCCUAUUAUCCUUCAGAAACCAGAAAACAACCAAAGCUUUAAGUAGCAUUUUAAGAACAUAUGUAUUUGAAGAUAAAGAAUUAUUCAUUUUCUAUUUUGGACACCUGCAAAUGAAGUGGAUCUAGUAACAAUAACUGUAAUGGACUGUGCCAAUUCAAUUUAUUUUUAAUUUUGAUGGUUGGGUAUUUGGUUUCUCCUAAAAUGAGAAAGAGAUUUUAAACCUUAAAAAUUUUCUAAUCAGUUUCAGCUUUGUAGGCAGUUUUCUGCAUAAAUUGGGAAGUAACACUGGAAAGUAAGAAUUUGGUGAGUGAAAUGGGAAGACUGUGUAUUUAUAAUUUGAAUGCUACUUGCAAUUUUUUGUUUUUCACCACUUGUAAUAAUGGAAUGGAAAUGUAAGCUGUAAAGAUUCACAAAUAUAAAGUAUUUGCUAUGAUGUAUAUAUGAUACAUAAUUUCUUGUUGCUUUAAAGUUGCUUUUGUUCUGUUUCCCACUGAUUUCAUACUAGCACUUAAAAGGAUCUUUACAAUCUCCCUAGAGGAUUAGAAUAAUUCAGGAUGUUCAAUGAACGGUUCUUAAUGACAGGAGGUAGAAUAUUUUAAGAGGUAUUUCUUUUCAAAUAUAUGAUUGAUCUCUAGGUUUGUGAUAAUAACAACAUUGUCUAAGAUUCUUUUAUUUCCAAAAGAGGAAUAAUUGAGGCAUUUGCAAAUAAUUGAGGUGCAUUAAAUUUCAAUUCUGUAAUUUCUUAUAGCAAGAACAUGUAUGGAUAAAGAAUCUGGGGGUUUAAACUUAAAGCUCCUAGAAAUUUUAUACAAUAAAUCUGCAAUUUUUCAUUCUGGAUAUUACUCUUCUUAAAAAAAAAAAAGUUCCAGCGCAAUGUCACAGAUACUGAAAAUUGCUGAUAUAAAGGUAAGUGUAAACUCUCCCUGGUUUGAAUCUCUCAGAUCCCUGGGUCCAUUGGCAAGGAAUCCAAGGACAUCAUUUGUCAGAAAGUUUAUCUUAAACUGCAUGCUGAACUCCUAAAACCAUGACCUUUUUCUUCUCAUGUCUUUGGGCUUGUUACCCGGAUUCAAACUUUAGUCCAAGGUUUCCCAUCUUGGUCUUUAUUAUACUACUUUUCACUGUUUUGUUCCCCAGAAAAAGAUUGCUCUUUAAAUAGGAAAAAGAGCCUUUACUAGCCAUAAAUUUAUUGGUUUACUUAAAAAUGAGUUUAAACCCACGGUCCAAUUUUUUUCACUUGUUUUUGCCCUAUUAUUUCUGUUUAUAUCAUAGGUUCUAGUAUUUAUAUGUGUAUGAUAAACACACACUGUCACAUACAUACACCAAAAUACAUGUAAUUUAUAGAAGAGCUAGGGUCAUCUCAAUUAAAAUGGUAAUAAAAAAGAUUUACCAUAUAAUUAACUUGGUUUGUUUUAUUAUUUACCUAUUCUUAGAGGCUAUUGACUCUGCUUAAAAAACGUGAUAGAACCUAUUCCAAUUUGGAAUCUAUAAAGUACCCUUUACUUAGCACUGUUACUGAGGGCAGAACCCUUUUAAAGUCAUACUACCAUUCCACUUAGAAACUGCCUAGUAUCCAAAGGAUUUGAUGGAUUUUCUGAAUCUACUGAAAUGGACCGGCCAGAAGAAUAUAUUGAUUGACUAUAAUUUGUAUUUUUGUAAUCAUUUAUAACCAACAUUUUCAAGAAGAGUUUGUAUAUCAAAAGUCCCCAAGGUUUCAAACUCUUUUGAUCCUUUCUUACUGUAUAUAAUCAGAGUGAGACUGCAGAGACUGUUUUAUUAUCUCUUUGCCUUUGUACAUACGUAUAGUGUAU